CUGGGCUUCGAAAGUUUGAGCUUGAUGGAAACAUUCGAAAAUCUGGGUUUCGAAAGUUUGGUUUCCCAGUGAAACUUUCGAAAUAUUAUUUGGGUUUUUUUUAAUUUUUUUUAUUUGUUUUUAAUAUUGGUAUAUUAAUAUAUUGCAGUGCCUAGAAUGAGAGGAGCCUUUGGUCAGAUUAUUCGUAACAUCAUAGGUGACAGACGUGAUGAUGUAGAGAGAAUUCCACCAACAGCAUCAAACAGACGACGCAACGAAGCAAAUCGUCCUAUUAGGCAGCGUCGUCGAAGACAACAGGAGGUUCAGGACGAUGAUGUUGACUCCACCGAGCAUGCACAUAUGGAGGAGGAUGUCCCUCAGCCGCCACAGAUGGAGCAGACCGCUGAUGAUACUCCUGAUACUUCUGCACAUCCUGACGCUGAUGAGUCCGAUGAUGCUGAUGAUAUUGAUGAGCAGGAUCAGCAGACGGGAUUUCCCGGAGGACCGACAGUGACAUCUUUGUUGACACAGUAUGAGCAUCACAUGGCUCGGAGGUUAUGGGAAGGAGAGGAUCGUGGAUCACUAAAGGUAAUUACUCACGGAUUGAAAUUGAAGAAGUUUGCGGAAGUUCCUAUUCCAGCUCCUGUAGAGCAUUGGAUUCAGGAAUCUGGGCUGAUGCAUCUAUCUUCAGGCUACCUCACAAUGGCGGAUGCUGGUCUGAUAUCGGCAUUUGUUGAAAGAUGGCAUCGAGAGACCAGCUCAUUUCAUCUGCCAUUUGGAGAGAUGACGAUCACCUUAGAUGAUGUUGCGGCUCUCCUUCACAUCUCACCGCAUGGUAAAUUUUUUGAUGCACCUUUGAAUAUGAAUACUAAUAAUGCUGUAAGAGCUGCACAUGAGUACUAA